AUGGGCUUAGCAUUCUCAAGAAUUUGGCAACGUCUUUUCGGCAGCAAAGAAAUGCGUAUCCUCAUGGUCGGUCUCGACGCAGCUGGAAAAACCACAAUUCUGUAUAAACUCAAGCUUGGCGAGGUCGUGACAACAAUUCCAACCAUUGGCUUCAAUGUUGAGCGCGUCGAAUACCGCAACAUUUCUUUCACUGUAUGGGAUGUUGGUGGGCAAGACAAAAUCAGACCUUUGUGGAGGUACUACUAUGAGAACAUCCAAGGAGUCAUUUUCGUCGUGGAUUCUAAUGAUAGAGACAGAGUCGAAGAUGCCAGAGAAGAACUUCAUAGAAUGCUCAAUGAAGACCAACUCAGAGACGUCGUCGUAUUGGUAUUCGCUAACAAACAAGACUUGCCAAAUGCAAUGACUGCAGCAGAAAUCACAGACAAAUUAGGGCUACAUUCAAUUAGAGGAAGAAAUUGGUUCAUUCAAAGCACUUGUGCAACAAGUGGAGAUGGACUUUAUGAAGGAUUAGACUGGCUUUCAAGAACCCUAACUGGCAAGAAGUAA